AGUCCUCCGGCUAAGGACUACGGUCCCUGGCAGUCCGGGACAUUAUGCCAGGCGGCGAGGGGUCCCCGAUCAAUCUCCUCGACCACCAUAAUCGCGCGUCGACUGCCGCCACCACGUCCACGACGAACGAGUGCGCGAACGGCGACGAUGUUAGGACCGCGUCAUCGGCGACUAGCACCGGCACGACCUUCACCAGCGCGAUGACGAGCGCCCUAGCGGGCGACGGUCUCCGUCGCAGAAAGGUCAUACACGCGGCCCGAGAGACCCUCGAUAAGGCAUCCCGUCUUUUAAGACGAAAAAUACCAUGUACAGGCCAUUUAAUGACCCCCCGCCGCCUAUGGAUACAAAAGGUUCCUACUCAGGAAUGCGACGUAGUCAUGAUGUUCCCCAAUGGAGCAAACGACGAGACCUUGAUGUGGCUUCUAGGUCGGCUCCGGGCUGGAACCCCGGGGCUAAUAGUUCACGUGCGACAUCACGCCUCGUCGGACAGUUACGGGUUUUACAUUACGGCACCAUUUAGCGUUCUGCUCAAAGCCGCCGAGGAGGUGCACCUUCCAAAGUCCCUGAGGCAGGAAUUCGGCGGAGGAUUCAAGGAGUUCGUCGGCUCCGAGGCCAACUGCUUCGAGGGCAGCGACGACGAGGUCCGAUUCUUCACUACCCAGGAAAAGCAGUCUCUAGUGCUGCACUUACUUCACACCCUGAGGGCCGGUCCUCAAGAUCUCCAUAGUCUAGCCGGUCUCAAGAUGGUGGAAGGUCAAGCAAUUAUCCCAAAGUGCAUUUCAGCCGGUAUUAUUUCUCAGGUCUUCCCUCUUCACGAAUUACCUGCGUUAGAGAAACUGCAACGGAGCUGGGUCCGCGCGUUCCUCAGUCCCCAACCGUUGGAUGAUAUUUGUAAAUACUUCGGAGUAAAAAUCACCAUGUACUUUGCCUGGCUCGGCCACUACACCACCGCUUUGAUCGUUCCAGCUGCAGUGGGUGUCAUAUAUUGGGUCGGCAUCAUCGGUAGGAACCAAGCGAUGGAGGACGUGGCGUACGUUCUGUUUUCGGUGUUCAACGUGAUAUGGGCCACCGUAUACCUGGAGACAUGGAAAAGAAGGGGCGCGGAAUUGGCGUACAGGUGGGGCACUUUGGAUCAGAGGGACGAUUUAUUGGUCGAGCCUAGACCUCUGUUUACAGGAACUCUGGAGGUUUCACCGGUAACGGGUAGGCUGGAACCGACGUAUCCCAGAUGGCGAAGAAAUAUGUUUCGAUACUUCGUGAGCGUGCCUAUUAUUGCAAUCUGUUUACUCUUCGUCUUCAUCGUUAUGAUUCUGAGUUUUCAGAUACAGGAUUGGUGGGACGCACAUCUCGAAUCAGGAGGCUACGGAUUCUGGCUAAGUUACGUGCCAAAGGUGUUGCUCGCAAUAGUGAUUGCAUUAAUGGAUGAAGCGUACUUCAAAGUCGCGGUGUGGUUAAACGAUUUGGAAAACUAUCGACUAGACACCGAGUACGAGAAUCAUCUGAUCUACAAAGUGGCACUGUUUCAGUUCGUAAACUCCUUCCUAUCGCUGUUUUACAUCGCCUUCUAUCUUCAAGAUCAAGAGAGACUCAAGGAGCAAUUGGCGGCUCUACUCAUAGCUCGCCAAGUGAUCGGCAAUCUGAAGGAAUCCGCGGUGCCAUAUCUCAUCGAGCAACUACGGCUGGCACGGUUGAGCUUCGAGCUGUUUGGAGCCCUGAGUCCUAGUGAGGCGAGGCCACCCCCCGGCCAAGAGGGUGAAGAAAUUCAGGGUGGUAAGGACACCGAGGAGAAGGACGAACGGACUGACAGUGGCAAAACGAAGCAACCGCGAAACGUCAGCCAGGCAGAAUUGGAGAGUUCCCUCUACAGAUAUGACGGAGCAUUUUCAGAGCAUCUGGAAAUGUUAUCGCAAUUAGGAUACGUCUGUCUCUUCUCUUCUGCAUUUCCAUUAGCUGCGAUGGCCGCUUUACUUGGGAAUUUGCUCGAAUUACGCGGCGACGCAUUCAAACUAUGUUUCGUGCUUCAACGACCUUUCGGGCGUAGGGUCUCGAAUAUUGGUACAUGGCAAAACGCCAUGGAGGCAAUGGGCUUGGUCGCUAUUUUAGUAAACUGCGCUCUAAUCGGAUUGAGUGGGCAGGUGCAACGAAUGUUUCCGGAGAUGUCAGCAACGCAAACCAUUUUACUAAUCGUGGCAUUGGAACAUAUCAUGUUCGCUAUUCGAUUUGUGAUUAUUUGCGCGAUUCCCGAUAUACCUCACUGGGUUGCUACUGAGAUGGCUAAAGUGGAAUUCUUAAGACGCGAGGCAGUCCGGAGGCUAUCUUCGACCCCGUCACCGGAACAACAACCAACAACAGUAAUAGGGAGAUUCGUGGUGAGUCCAGCAGACGGAGAAAGCGAAGAACAGAUGCUUUCCGAUCGCGCCGCUUAUGCGUCCAGUCGAGCGGAAACUCCGACCUUGGCUUCGACCACCACCCACACGCCAAGUGGUCCAACAACGCCGAGUGCCGCGUCAGUGCCAAGGAUCGCGGAAACACCACCUAUGGCCGGAACCCCCGCUAGCGGAGGAAGCAGCAGCGAGACCAGCCCGUUCCUACCUGAAAACAAUUCUGUCACCCGGGACAUUCGUAACACGCCGAGAUGUUCUAUACCCGGAGGCGAACGAGUAGGAAGACGCUCGAGGGAGUGGUUAAGCAACGAACCGGAAGCGUCCGGUACCAACGAUCAGUACAGCCAUCACCUGACCAUCGGACCACACGGCGGUGUCGAUUGGGUACGUCGGUUAGGUUUAGAGCCAAGUGGACGAAAAUCGAGCGAUUCCGAAAUUAGCGGUGCCGCUGCAGUGAGCGGACGGGAGGAGGAAUUAACUUUGCACAGGUCAACCGAUUGCAUCGUCUCCAAAGAACUCGCUUCUUCCUCGGAUAGCGAUCUUCUCAGAUCGGCACCGCCAUGGACGGCGACUCAUAGGAACCAGAAAUUCCGCUUUUCGCCCGAAAAAGAGAAGGAACGCGAGAAGAUAGAGAAACAACAGUACCACCAGCAGCAACCGCAGCAUCAUCAUCAGCGGGAAAUCCGGGAACCCCGUGAAACCCGCGAAACCCGCGAAACCCGCGAAACCCGUGAAACCCGCGAAACUCGUGAAACGCACGAUCAUCGAAUGAGCGAGCGACAGUCCUAUCUCGCCGAAAAGGAGAAAGACUCGAGCGGAUUGUCGGAUUCCAGCAAGACUAUCUCGAGUCAAGAAGAGGAGAAGCCGUCGAAGGAGGAACGGGAGGCGAAGAAGACUCGCGUGAAGCAAAGUCUGAUGAAACGGGCACGCUCGGUGGCGAUCUUCUCGUUAAAGUUGAAGGAACGCCGCGCACGGGAGGCCGAGCUUAAGGCCAAGGAAGCGGAAAGGGAGGCCAGGUGGCAACAGCCGCAAUCGUGCGUCGGCGGCGAGCUCUCGUGCAUCCCCAUAGAAAAGCUUAUCUCCGUGGACGACAUCGCGGCCAUGGAAAUGCGUCGGCCGAAUCAUUAGCCGCUUGACGACUCUUCUUUCUCACACUUUUAUUUCAACGCUACGUAGAGAGCCGUUCGCGUACCGCGACACGCGGAUUUGCGCAACCGACGAUCGGUGAGAUCGCGUUCUCCGCGCGUAUUGAACCGCGACGGAGGGAAAAAAAAACAGAUCCCGAGACGGCCGCGUGCAGGUACGCGUUACCGGACGAGAGAAAAAGGCGCACAAUUUACGAAUAUCAUCGCAGACACAAGGAUCCCAUAGACAUUCCGUAGACACUACUUCCGAUAACUUCCCUAGACUCAGGGCAUCGAACCUCGAUCUCGGUUCGGUUCCGGAACGGAGUGCUGGACACUUUCGAAGAUGUGAAAACGGAAUCUCCU